ACCACAGUAUCAUGCCGACACUUGCCACUUGGUAGAGUGAGCACUAUCUGCCACUUUUAUCUACCUUACCCAACGUCUUUGACAAAUAUCCGAACAAACGAGGCUAUUGAUUGGCACGCCGAGACCGUGCUCCUAUAUCCGACAUGUUUCCGACAUUUACUGGCACUUCGAGGCGGCCUCGAAACGUAAACCUAAGCGGUCAGCGAAAUACAAAUCCUUGGGCAACCUCGAACUGGUCCGCAUCCGGUUCUGGUGCCUCCAAGACGGUUGCACAAGCUCAGGCCGAGCGAGAAAGGAGACAGAAAGAACGUGACGAGUUAAAUGCCGCCAAGAAGCUUCAAAGAGUAUGGAGGGGUCAUAGGGAACGGCAGAGCUUGAAACAGAGACGUCGAAGAGAGUUUGAUACCUUAUAUACCCAGCCUGCAUGUCACGACCUGUCUCGGCGAUUGAAGAGUGCUCUCCCUCUUCUACUUAUACUAUUUGACCCUAGGCAAACGGACGACCAACAACGUUUAGACCUCUUCGUUCAAGAUUUGGCCAGCUUAGGGUCACAGCCCUCAAACUUCGAUAUCUUCAGUCCGAAUUCUUGGGAUCGGCUAGCAGGACUCAUAGUGGGGGCUUUAGAGAAGCGCCUAGCUAGCUCGUCUCACGCCCUCCUAGGCGUCUUGGUUGAUAUUAUCAGGAGAAGGCCUCUAGCUACUGCUUCUUCAUUAAAACGUUAUUACAAAGUUUUAUCUAGAUACUUCGAGCAGAGUAUCCAGGCAGAAGAACAAGGCAUCCUUACCGCGGCCGUUACAACUCCCUUGGCGUCGUCUUCUAGAGGAGCAUCAUCCGUCUCGCGAGCAUAUCAUGCUUUUACUUUCUCCUUUCUCACUUCCUCGAGCUUAGCGUUCUUACAACGAGAUCCCGGGCGAAUUGCGGACGUCCUCGAUGUUGAAACCUUAUCUCAGACUGUGAUUGAUACCUAUUCUAAGAGAGAUACGGUCACUACUUUAUCCAAGAAUAAUUCACUAUGGCUCUUGGCUCACUUUAUCGCCUUGAACAGAGCAAUCCCUACCUCCCGCGGAACCAAAUAUCUUGAGGCGCUCUAUGUUCAACUAUCUAUCCUCGUAGACAACGUUCGAAUACGGUAUAGUCGACAUGGAGCCCUCGUUGAUACGCAUGAUAAUGAUGGCGCUUCCGAACCUGACGAUGACGGUGCUGAAGAUUCUGUUCAACUCUCUCCCUGGGUUAUAAGCCAAUUAGACUCCCUAGUCGAUGAGGAUGGCAUAUCAGAAUUAUUAAAGAGAUUCACUUCGACUGCACUGUCUUCCGACCAACUCUCCGAAGACGCCAGUCUCCUUGCUGGCUAUACUCUCGUACUACUGAGAUGUUUUCCAAGUCAUAACGACGAUAUCAAAAUGCGUCUUUUUCAGGGAGACGUCUCUAUGAUUAAUUCAGCGGGGUCCACAUCAACUCCGUCCGUCAAGUAUUUCUGGACAGCCGCUUCGAAUACUAGCAUAUUUCAAAGCAUUGUUCAUCCCAGAAGCUCGCAACAGACCCCAAACAUCGUCACACUUCUACAAUCGGAUCCCACGCGUGAUCGAGAAUGGCGCACAAUAUUAUUAUUCUUAGAAUUAUACAACUUCCUUCUAAGAGUUACUGAUGACGAAGACUUUCUACCGGCGGAAAGUCAAAUCUUAUCACAGCAAAGCGCAGCAACCUCUCGAAUACGUUCAAGUGGUCUCAGUCUAAACGAACUCAAACAGCUAAUCAACUUCUUGAAGAGCCUCUCAUUUCCAUUAUACUAUCAUUUAUCAGACAUCAUGCCAUCUACCGCAAGGCCAGCUCGGCUUAAUAGUCUCAUAGGCGUCAGUUUCGGGAAACCAAGUACACAUGAGGAGGAUACAAAGACGGCUCAUCCAUCAUUCGCUGGCAUUAUCGGUAUGGAUGUUCUUGGUUUAAGAAGUGCGUCAACGGCUACAAUGCGUUCAUUAUAUGAACGAGAUUCUCGUCGACGUUUUCUUCCUGCAGAUUUCUGGUUGAUGACUUCUAAAUUCGAUAUGGACGGUUUUAUCUCAGCUGUCGUGUUAGAAGAGCAACAGAAAGACCAAAUGGACGACGAUGACGAUUCGAGUGACUCAGACACGCCAGAUACUUUCUAUACAUCAACCGGACAACGCCUCUCACGUGCAGCACAGAUUGAAAGGCGUCGCAGGUUACGAAAAGUCCAAAGAGAGCAGCUACUAGCUCAAGUUGGACCCAAGCUCGAAGUCCUUCGUAAUAUGCCAUUUGCUAUCCCAUUUGAGGUUAGAGUUCAGAUAUUCCGACAAUUUGUGUACCUUGACAAAAUGAAACGCCGUGGUGGCCAAGUCGACCCUGACCAGUGGCGUAUGUCGAUACAAGGAGAUGGCUUUUUAAAUGGGCCUACUGCUAGAGGCAGAGACGCACUCGGACGCCACACCGCUAGAGUUAAACGAGGUCACGUAUUCGACGAUGGGUAUGAACAGUUCUACUCACUCGGCGAAGGACUUAAAGAACCGAUCCAAAUAACAUUUGUGGACCAAUUCGACCAGGCUGAAGCCGGCAUUGAUGGCGGCGGCGUUACGAAAGAGUUCCUGACCAGCAUCACUGACGAAGCCUUCACACCCGGCCCGGAUGGCCACAACCUCUUUGUCACCAAUAGUCAGAACCUACUAUACCCGAACCCGACCGCAUUUGACGACCUUGCAGAAUUCCUCCGCCACGCCAAAUUUAAAGAAGGUGGUCCUGAAUGGAAGGAGAGUAUGAUGGACCUUGCCAAACGUUACGAGUUUCUUGGCCGGGUAUUGGGGAAAUGCAUGUAUGAAGGCAUCCUUAUUGACAAGGCGUUUGCCGGGUUCUUUCUGCUCAAGUGGUCGGCGUCGGGGCAAGGUUCAUUGAAUGAUUAUCGUGCAAAUCUAAACGAUCUGCGAGAUCUAGACUCAGAGCUAUAUCAAGGCCUCAUCAAUCUUAAGAACUAUCCCGGCAAGGUUGUCGACCUUUCGCUAGACUUUACCAUCACGGAUCAAGUCACGAAACACAAUGGAGAAGUGAGCACAAUAACUCGCCCACUCUGCAAAAAUGGUGAGGAUAUUCCUGUAACCAACACCAACCGUCCUCUUUACAUCUCCUACGUUACAAAUCAUCGUUUGGUGGCGCAACCCUACCGCCAGACCAGAGCUUUCCUCAAGGGUCUUGGAUCCAUCAUCAACCCCUCGUGGUUAUCCAUGUUCAAUCAAUCAGAACUUCAGCGCCUUGUAGGUGGUGAUAGCUCAGAGAUUGACGUCGAAGACCUGCGACGUAAUACUCAAUACUCAGGGUUAUACGCCGUCGGUGACGAUGGGAUGGAACACCCCACUGUUCAGAUGUUCUGGCAAGUUAUGCGCGAAUUCCAAGAUUCAGAACGAAGGGACGUACUCAAAUAUGUGACGUCCACGCCAAGAGCACCGCUACUGGGUUUCUCGCAGUUGAGUCCUCAUUUCAGCAUUAGGGACGGUGGUACCGACGAAAAACGACUACCAAGUACAAGCACAUGUGUCAAUCUCCUGAAGCUUCCUCGUUAUUCUUCAAAGGAGACGCUAAGGAGCAAGCUUCUGUACGCCAUAAAAUCCGGGGCCGGCUUUGAUCUAAGCUAAGUCAAUCGCAAUAUUGGCAAGGCCUGCCGUAUCAAAAAGGUGUAGACGGUUUUGUAGGUGGUACAUUGGUAGGAUGGGUGUCAUAACGGUUGAUGAGAUAGGUGCAUAUGUCAGUUACAGAAUGAAUGAAAUUAAUGAGCUUCAUGGCUAGAUUAUGACUUUUUUUACCUGCUAUUAAAGUUCAUGGGCACUCUUGCACUCGUUAAGACGAAGUUACUAUCGCGUACGAUAUCCUCUUGCCCAGCCUUCUCAUCUCUAUACAAUGCAACCCGCUGGCACGCCUAGCACAAUCAAUCAUCAUAGCCACGUGCGAAUCAGUAAGAAUAGCCCACAUAUAUCAGCAGACCCAUAUUAAGUCGAAUCAGCCAUAUCUGAAUAUCUAGGCAAGGGAGGC